UAAGCAUGUAUAUAUAAUAUACGACAACAGGAGCUAACACACAAUAAACAAUCAUGCACGUGAUUCUCGUGACACAUUCAUGUGUAUAUAUAUACAGUCAGUCUAUCAUUUGGAUUUAACACAAUGUCAUGAUUAUAGUAUCAUACUUCAAUAAUGGUGAAAAGCAUGCUGGACAUUUCCCGCGCAAAUGUGUGUGAUCAAGGUUAACGUAUUGGCACCUCCACAAACAACAACUGCACGCAUAGUGGAAUGGAAUGUCUUCAGCUUAUUUGAAAGAUACAGAAAACAGAUAAAUUACCAGAGAUAUCAGCAAGAAAAUAAAAGAUCCACAUUGAACGGUUGAAAUGGCAGAGUAUUUUCCUGGACUUGGUUUUGGAGAAACGUUAGAGAAGUUCUUAGACCGGAAAGUUCGACCUGAUACUUUGUUUUUAAAUAGUUGUGGUGAAGUUAUAAACACAGUUGUUCGUCUGAUACAUCAACACCCACUUUAUAGCAUCAAAGAAGUUAUUAAGGGAGGUUCACUUGGAAAGGGCACGGCAGUAAAGGACCACUCAGAUGUCGACCUUUUGGUAGUAAUCAACAAUUUUAGAAAAAUAGAUGAUUUACGUGAACAGUUACCAAACAUAAUUUCUAGCUUUGCAGAGUAUUUACUUGCUGCAGUGAGAGGGGAAACCGUAAGAAUUAAGAUUACGAAACAGGCUCUACAUACCCUUCAAUUUGAAGUCUGUUGUGUUGAAGACGGAGAUUGGUUUGAUGUAGACUUUCUGCCUAUAAUUGACGUCAUAAAUCCAUUAGAUGUUCGUAGAAGUUUAGAGAUAGUAUACAAUAAGAUGGAAGAAGAAUAUCAUAACAGAAACUAUUAUGCUAAAUGUGUGGCAAGGCAACAAGUUGAUUUCGUGAAACGUGUACCUUCUAGAGUUAAAGAUUUAAUACGUUUGUUUAAGUACUGGAACUAUACCAACUAUGAUGACUUGUCAUCGUUUUGUAUUGAGUUAUUGGUGAUACAUAUAUGGCAAAAAAAGGGUAGCCCAAACAACUUUGAGAUGGCACCUAUGAUUUAUGACGUUGCCUAUCAGAUUUCGUUUUUUAAGGAAACAACUAUCGCAUUUGAUGAUUUUUAUAGUUCUGGCAACUUUAUUACAAAAUUAGAGAGAUCACCUCCUUACGUUUUGGAUCCAGCAAACCCAUUUUAUAACGCUACAUCUGAGAUGGGUGUCAAUGGAGACUAUAGUCAAGUUGAAGAGAGAGGCCGUAUGCUAUUGGAUAAUUUGGGGCAUGCAAUGGCAGAACAUUUUCCUGGAAUGUGUAUUGGAGAAACGCUAGAGAAGUUUUUAGACCGGAAAGUUCGACCUGAUACAAGCUUUUUAAACAGUUGCAGAGAGGUCAUCAAUACAGUUGUUUAUCUUAUACAUCAACACCCAGAUUUUAGCAUCAAAGAAGUUAUUAAGGGAGGAUCUCUUGGAAAAGGCACAGCAGUAAGGGGUCAUUCAGAUGUAGAUCUACUGGUAGUUGUCAAUAAUUAUCGAAAUGUCAAUGAUUUGCGUGACAAUAUGAAAGGAAUACUAUCUAGUUUCAAUCGUUACCUGCUUGCAGCGGUUAAAAAUGAAAGCAUUGAAAUAGCGAUCAUAGAUCAGACUCCCUUUACACUCCGAUUUAAAUUAUGUUGUGCUGACAGAGAUUGCUGGUUUGAUGUAGAUUUACUUCCAGUCAUUAACGUCGUAGAUCCAUCAAAUGUUUGUAGAAGUUUACAGAUGGUAUAUGAUAUGAUGGAUAAAGAGAGUUAUAACAAAGAUUAUUAUUCUAAAUGUUUGGCGAAACAACAAGUUGACUUUGUGAAACGUGUACCAUCUAGAGCAAAAGAUGUAAUUCGCCUGUUAAAGUACUGGAAUUACAACGAAAAUGUUGGUCUGUCAUCGUUUUGUAUUGAAUUGAUGGUAAUUCACGUUUGGCAAAAGAAAGACAGUCCGGACAAUUUUGAUUUACAACCUAUGAUUUAUGACGUUGUGUAUUUGAUAUCUUUUUUCAAAGAAACAACAAUCACAUUCAAUGAUUACUAUAAACCUGACCACUUUACAACAAAAUUGACACCUCCUUAUAUUUUGGAUCCGGCGAAUCCAUUCAACGACGCAGCACCUCACAAGAGCGUCAAAGGUGACUAUAGUCGAAUUCAAGAGAGAGGACAAAAGUUGUUGGAUAAUUUAAGACCAGGUUCAAAAGAGUUAGUACAAGCAGUAACAAUAAGAGAACCAACGACAACAAGGCUAAAUUCAAAACUCCACGACAGAGACGAUUUGUUUAGCAGUAGACAUCGUAAGGAUGACAGUAUCUCUAUUGUACCAAAAGCAACACCUGGAAGAUCGGGAUUAUGGACUGCCUUGGGUGUUGGAGCUGCAAUUACUGGAGGAUUAUUAGCCGCGUUUGCUAUUCACAAAAUUACUACAAAAGAGGAUGAAUCAGACUCAGAAUAAUACAUCAACUUUCUAAACAAACAUGUAGCUAACUUAAUAUAAGUAACAUUAAAGAUAGUGUUGAUCAG